UAGUGAAUGAUGCGAAGCAGCCCUCAACCGUGCUCCACACACGUGUAGAGCCAGGCUGAGAAUAGAUGGCUCUGUAGGAAGUACAGCGGCAAAAACAGACUAUAUUCGGACCGAAAUUUGGUCUCUAGGCAAAGAUUUUGUGAGCUGUUUUCGCCGCAGACGGUUUGUUUUGACGGGAGGCUCUGGCUGAAGAGUAUUAGAUACCAGAGCACAAUGAUGAAGUACAUCCUGGUAACCGGAGGGGUCAUCUCUGGCAUCGGCAAAGGCAUCAUUGCAAGCAGUGUGGGCACAAUCCUCAAGUCAUGUGGUCUGCACGUAACUGCCAUCAAAAUCGACCCCUACAUAAACAUAGAUGCUGGCACCUUUUCACCCUAUGAGCAUGGCGAGGUGUUUGUGCUUGAUGACGGGGGUGAGGUGGACUUGGAUCUGGGGAACUACGAACGAUUCCUUGACAUCAGGCUGACAAGAGAUAACAACCUGACCACCGGCAAGAUCUAUCAGUCAGUCAUCAAUAAGGAGAGGAGGGGAGAUUACCUGGGCAAGACCGUGCAGGUGGUGCCCCACAUAACAGACGCUAUCCAGGAAUGGGUUGUGAAACAGGCCAAAGUGCCAGUUGAUGAUGAUGAUGUAGAACCUCAAGUCUGUGUAAUAGAGCUAGGAGGCACUGUUGGAGACAUAGAGAGCAUGCCUUUCAUCGAGGCCUUCAGGCAGUUCCAGUUCAAAGUGAAGAGAGAGAACUUCUGUAACAUUCAUGUCAGUUUGAUACCACAGCCAAGUGCAACAGGAGAACAAAAGACUAAACCAACGCAGAACAGCGUCAGAGAGCUGAGAGGACUCGGCCUGUCUCCUGAUCUGAUUAUGUGCCGCUGUUCAACCGCUCUGGAGAACUCUGUGAAAGAAAAGAUCUCAAUGUUCUGCCAUGUAGAACCUGAACAAGUCAUCUGCGUGCACGACGUGUCGUCCAUCUACAGAGUACCGUUACUGCUGGAGGACCAAGGCGUGGUGAGCUACCUGAGCAGGAGGCUUAAUAUGCCCAUAGAGACCAGACCCAGGAGAAUGCUGACUAAGUGGAAGGAGAUGUCUGACAGGUCAGACCGACUGCUGGAGCAUUGCUCUAUAGCACUGGUGGGAAAGUACACCAAGUUCUCUGACUCCUAUGCUUCUGUUAUAAAGGCUCUGGAGCACUCAGCUCUGGCCAUCAGCCAUAAAUUGGAGGUUAAGUAUAUAGACUCUGCAUAUUUGGAACCCUGUACUCUGCAGGAGGAGCCAGUAAAAUACCACGAGGCAUGGCAGAAACUCUGCAGCUCUGAUGGCAUCCUGGUCCCAGGAGGUUUUGGCGUCAGGGGAACUGAAGGAAAGAUUCAUGCCAUUAACUGGGCCAGGAAACAGAAAAAACCCUUCCUCGGAGUGUGUCUUGGAAUGCAGCUAGCUGUAUGUGAAUUUGCCAGGAAUGUGCUCGGCUGGGCAGAUGCCAAUUCAACAGAAUUCGACCCAGAAUCAAAAUAUCCUGUGGUGAUUGAUAUGCCAGAACACAACCCCGGGCAGAUGGGCGGCACCAUGAGGCUAGGAAAGAGACGAACCAUUUUCAAAACCAGCAACAGUGUGCUCCGCAAGCUUUAUGGAGAUACAGAAUAUGUGGAUGAAAGGCACAGACAUCGCUUUGAGGUCAAUCCUGAGCUGAAGAGUCACUUUGAAGAGAAGGGAUUCCGCUUCGUAGGUCAGGAUGUGGAAGGAGAGAGGAUGGAGGUCAUAGAGCUGGAUGAUCACCCAUAUUUCAUUGGAGUGCAGUACCACCCUGAGUUCACCUCUCGCCCCAUCAAACCAUCCCCUCCUUACCUUGGUUUGCUGCUGGCUGCUGCAGGAAAGCUGCAGAGCUGCUUACAGAAGGGCUGCCGUCUGUCUCCACGGGACACGUACAGCGACCGGAGCGGCAGUAGCACACCAGACUCAGAGAUAUCGGAACUGAAAUUGCCUUCUAUCUCAAGUGAAUGAUGUAUAGAACAUCUGUUUUAGUCGGAGGCGCUGUGCAGUAAAUGUCUUUUAUAAACUGAGUCAUAUCUGAAUAGAAUUGUAAACUAAACCCCUCUUCUGCUUCUCUAAUGCUGUCUACAGUGUUUCAGACUCAUUGGAGGUGAACUGUGGACUCACAUAAACACUUAUAAUGCUGCAUUUCUCGUCAAUGCAGAACUGACCUCAGACAGCUGUGAAUUAAGUAUUGAGUUUCCUGUUGCCUUUAUAUGUCAGUUAACUCUGCCUGCACUGAGGUUGAACUGACUUCACCUGUCUCGUGUGAUAUGCUGAUCCAGUACCACCGAGUUCUCCACCUGUAUAUUGUGGCCUUUUAUUAAAUGGGUACUGUUUCAUGGAGCUACAACUGUGUCAAGCCAUUUUAACAUUUAAUAGCUGAAUUUGACUGGAGUAAAAUUACAGAUAAACAAUAUCAUUGUCACUAGUCACAAUUACACUGACUAUAUAGAAUUUUUUAGAAUUGCUAUAUCUAUAGCUUCAUUCUGACCCAUCAGAACGACACUGAUAUCUGUAUUUCAGUUUGGAUUAGUCAGAAUAAUAAUUCCAGACAUCUCAAAGGUUAUUCUGAAUUGUGAUGAUGCUGCUCAUGCAAGGCUUCUCAUUGGAAAUUGAUCCAGCAACACAUUUAAACAGUGUUCGCAGAAGUAGUAACAUUUGCUGUGGAGGGUAAGAUUGUUAGGAUAUAGGAAAAACUUAUCAGUAAGGAGUUUGUGGAGAAUGAGAGCUACAUUUAUCAGAGACAUGGGGCCAAAAUUUCUUUGAACUUUGGUCUCAGGCUGCUCUGACAUGGUGCUACAACAGCUGCCAUAUGUAGUGAAUUAUGUGAAACUCUACAUUAAUCUCUGAAAAGCAAGCCGCUCCUGCAGCUUCGGACACAGUUAAAGAUUUCUGCAGUCACUUUGCUGUCAGAUUCUAAUUCAAGACAUCUUAUUGCAUUUUGAUGAGUUGGAGUUCCUACAGUGCCACUUUGUUCCCUGCCCAGUUGGUGCCACUUUGUCUCUGUAGUCAAGCUCUAGUGGAAUAGUAAACAUUUAAAUUCACAGCUUCUUACAGCUUCAGCCACCUUGUAACAUUCCCAUUAUCUGGCCCGUUUUUGUCCAUCUACACUGUUUGUUUUUUUUGUUUUUUUAAUUGGGAUAGAUAUACCAUUUAGAAAUGUCAGAUCAUUGGUGAGCACUGAGGCACUGGCAUUUUUCUUCCACUUCAAAAAAUCCACAGCAAUUUUCUGAUAUUAGCCAGAAGUGGUGUACUUUUUUUCCCCCCACAGCUGCAGAUGCCUUGAAAGGAUUUACAAUCUGGGUUAUAAUUAUGACCAUUAAUAAAAUAGAUAUUAGAAACUGAAAUUGCUCAAGAUGUCCAAUGAGAAACCCUGAACACAAUGUGAUUCUGAAAUGUUCUAUUCAACAGCUGAUUUACCGAUAGCUGCAGCACAUAUCCAGUCUAGCUAGUAAACAGAAGUUUGGCAUGUGUGGCUUAUUUUCAUGUUGGUAUUGGAAUAUUUUCAUAGGAAGUGACAAUGGAAUAUAAUAAAAGGAUUUCCAACAACA